CGACGCAGCUGCUUCCAUUUCUCACUCGGGAGGAGGAAGGAAGGAAGAAAGGAAGCAAGGAAGCCCACGCCACUUGCUGCGAGGACAUAACACCGACAUUUUAUGGACUCCACACCGGCACUCUCACGUCUUAACAAACUUCCUCGGCCACCGGUUUUUAAUGUGUUUUAUGUCUCUGCGCUCCACUGUGAGGUAGACUAGACUGUUUCUUUUUUGUGUUUUUUUUUGGCACACCGACGCCCCGCCGUCCCGUGGAUGCUACUGUUCGAGUCCAUCGGGACCAGUCCGGUUCCGAUUCCUUCCACGCGAAUUAGGAUUAUAUUUGCCGAGAUGCUGCUCGUUCUGUGGCUGCUGCCUCUGAGCGGAGCCGCUCCAACCGAACCAGAGGACACGGGGGUGGACUGGCUUAGCAAAUUUGGUUACCUCCCACCACCUGACCCUGUGACUGGCCAACUUCAAACCAAAGAGGCACUGACCAAUGCCAUCAAAGCCAUGCAGAAGUUUGGAGGGCUCGAGGAGACUGGAGUCUUUGAUCAAGCCACGUUGGGUCUAAUGAAAACACCCAGAUGUUCUCUGCCAGAUGUCUCUGAGGCUGAAGUCACCCCUGGCCGCAGAAAACGAAGUCUGACGCCCCCCAACAAAUGGAAAAAGAGGCACUUAUCCUGGAGAGUGAGGACCUUCCCAAAGGAUCCGGCCUUACUGGGCAGAGACACCGUGAGAGCCCUCAUGUAUUACGCAUUGAAGGUGUGGAGCGACAUCGCCCCGCUGAACUUCCACGAGGUGGCAGGAAGUGACGCGGAUAUUCAGAUCGACUUCACUAAAGCCGACCACAACGACGGAUAUCCCUUUGAUGGGCCAGGGGGCGCCGUGGCUCAUGCCUUUUUCCCCGGAGAGAGAUUCACCGCUGGGGAUACACACUUUGACGACGACGAGGCUUGGACCUUCAGAUCACCAGACUCUCACGGGAUGGACCUGUUUGCAGUGGCCGUCCAUGAGUUUGGUCACGCCAUUGGUCUGGUCCACACCUCAGCCAUUGAGUCCAUCAUGAGACCGUACUACCAGGGUCCCGUAGGAGACCCUUUGAAGUAUGACUUACCCUAUGAAGACAAAGUCCGAGUCUGGCAGCUCUAUGGUGUACGUGAAUCUGUGUCCCACACAAACCAUCCUGGCACCCCUUCCCAAACGUCUGAACCUCCCAUCCUGUUGGACAUUCCACAAAACAAAUCCAUUCUGCAGCUGGCGCGAGAUGCCCCAGACCGAUGCAGCAGCUACUUUGAUGCAGUGGCCCAGAUACGAGGAGAGGCCUUUUUUUUCAAAGGGAAAUACUUCUGGCGUCUCACUCGAGAGAAGCACCUGGUGUCCCUGCGUCCCGCUCAGAUCCACUGGUUCUGGAGGGGCCUCCCUGCCAAUCUGGACAGUGUGGACGCCGUAUACGAGAGACCUGGAGACCAUAAAAUAGUCUUCUUUAAAGAUCUCAAGUACUGGGUAUUUAAAGACAACAUCAUGGAGGAGGGUUACCCCCGUCCAAUCAGCGACUUCGGCCUGCCUUUAGAGGGAGUGGACGCGGCAUUUGUGUGGUCGCACAACGAGAAAACCUACUUCUUCAAGGACAACCGCUACUGGCGGUACGAUGACCACCUGAGACGCAUGGAUCUGGGCUACCCUAAAGACAGCACGCUCUGGAAGGGACUGCCAGCACACCUGGAUGAUGCCAUCAGGUGGUCUGACGGUUCGUCCUACUUCUUCAAGGGAAAGGACUAUUGGCGCGUGCCGAGCAGCGACAUGGAGGUGGAGGCGGGCUACCCGCGCCUCAUCGCCAAAGACUGGCUGCUGUGCACCGAGAUGCAGUCGGACUCUCCGGGCACCGAGCCCAAAAGCACCGAGACCAGAGUCAACGUGCACCAUCGCCCGGACCAUGCCGAGAACGGCUACGAGGUGUGCUCGUGCACGUCGGACACGGCGUCGCCUUUAGGUGCCCGUCCCUCCCUGUCGUCCCCCCUGUGGCUGCUGCCGCCUCUCUGGACGCUCUCACUGGCCCUCCGCUCUCAACCGCUAUAAUGCCAAAAGUCCUCACACCAUGUUAGUGAGCACUCGGUUUGUUCUGAUUAUUACAUUUGUAUUUAUUUAUUCUGGCGGGUUCUUUUCCUUUUGGGGCAUUUAGAUAAAGCUGUUUUAUACUUUGGGUUUACAAAAUCAACGACAUGCACUGUCCAUUAACAAUCAUGUCCAGUUGAGCGUAAACCUGGUCAAUAAUCGCGAACAAUCUACCGUAUUUUUCGGAUUAUAAGUCGCUCCGGAGUAUACGUCGCAUCGGCCGAAAAUGCAUAAUAAAGAAGGGGAAAAAAACAUAUAUAAGUCGCAUUUUUGGGGGAAAUUUAUUUAAUAAAAUCCAACACCAAGAAUAGACAUUUGAAAGGAAAUUUAAAAUAAAUAAAGAAUAGUGAACAGGCUGAAUAAGUGUAUGUUAUAUGAGGCAUAAAUAACCAACUGGUAUGUUAACAUAACAAAUUAUGGUAAGAGUCAUUCAAAUAACUAUAACAUAUAGAACAUGCUAUACGUUUACCAAACAAUCUGUCACUCCUAAUCGCUAAAUCCGAUGAAAUCUUCUUCCUCGUUGUCGCUCCUGGUAUGCGCCGCUAGCGUCCUUUCUUUCGCUGCUCGAUCGCCGUUCUCUGCUGCAUAUUUCACUACGUCCAGCUUGUAAUCUGCAGUAUAUGAUUUCCUUUUCGCUGCCAUUUUUGUUCAGCCCUUCUCAGUUUUUUUUUAAAUGAUCCAUUUUAAUAGCUACGGCAGUAGCAUAUAGCAGUUAGCAUCCCAUGACCCACAAUGCACUUCUGCCAUGACCCUCCCCCGCCGAAUUCUUAUUGGUUGACGUGUGUGUGACGAUUGCUGACCUUUGCUUCGUCUCUUCCGUGAAUUAGAUAAAUAAUAUUUUUUGAUAUUUUACGGUAAUGUGUUAAUAAUUUCACACACAGGUCGCUCCGGAGUAUAUGUCGCACCCACGGCCAAACUAUGAAAAAAACUGCGACUUAUAAUCCGAAAAAUACGGUACUCACCCAUAAAAAGAAAUGCCUGUUUUGAUGGCCUCAACCUCUCGGUUAUUGAAUUCAGUUUUAUACAUUAACAAAUACAAGCAUGCAGUAUUGUGUUUACAAAACAUACCGUCUUGUCAAACCAUCUUCCUGCUGGAAAAUGUUGAAUGACUUGACUCAGAGUCGUGUAUAACGAGUAUGGCCAACUCGGUUUCAGACGACCUCCUCAAUGAUUGGUCAAAAGGCACUCACGUGACCACAGGGCGCCAUGACUGCUACCAACUUUAAGCUAAUGCUAUGUGUUUGUGGCGCUUGCUCGUUAGUUUUUCCACGUGUAAGAUUGCCCUUUUGUGCAGCAUGGGCUGCUUUACCCAUGAGAAUUGUGGAAAGAUUGUACAUCGCUUUCCCCACAACCCCGAAAGAAGAGCCAACGAUUAGUGUCUUGUACGAGGUAAACACCCGACAUGACGUUCGCUUUUUGUUCAGGACCGAACACACAGAAGCUAAUACAAAUAAUAACAGAAUAAAUUAUCAAAUUAAAGAGAUGGUUUGACAAAAACAGACUAUCUUUGAAUCUCAGUAAAACUAAGAUAAUGUUAUUGGGUAACAGUAGAAGAGAAAGUCAAACACAAAUAGACAGACAUUGAAAAAGUAAAAAUAACAUUUUAGGUGUAGUAAAAAAGGAUAGUGGAGCAAUAAAGUUUGUCUAAGUCUGAAAGCACAGGCAUAGAUAGUACAGUGAUUACAAAUACAUUGGAGGCAUACACCACAGUUGACAUAUUUUACACAAAAACCACUAUUUCUCCGGGAUUGUUGGUCCAAAGUUUAUGAAGAUUUUGGCUCAAAAAUAUUUGGGGUCGUUCUGUGUAUUUUUUUUUUUUUUUUUUUUGCACCGUUGGAUGGGUUUUAUAUAGCCUGCUUGUCACUAAACACUGCAUGAACGUAGCAGCAGAGUGUGUCAAAUACGGCCGCAAAAUGAUACUUUCACGAAAUCAAAGCAUGUUCUAUUGUAAGUUUAUGAGCUGGAGUUUGUUUCCAACUAUAUUUAGAUAUUUUUGUGGUUGAUUUGGUCAAGAAAACUAACGUCAGAACGACUGCAAUUGCAUGCGGAGCCGCACACGUCCUUGGUAGCAGUCAUGGCGCCUGUUGUUUAGUGGGCUAUACUCUCUUUAUACACCACUCUGAAUUGACUUGUGAUAAGUCGCCCUCUACAGGAUUCAUAGCUGCAGCACACUUUUCCCACCACCAGAUAGUGCCAUUAAACCACUUACGAUUUAUGUUAACAUUGAAAAAAUAAUUGGUAUUUACGAUGUAAAGCAGAGAAAGUAAAUCUGUGGAUGCUGAACCACGAUUAGGUGGGGAUCGACUCUAUUAUAGAAAAUCUGUUUGUGUUGCUUUUUGUAGUAAAAGGAAAAAAGCUCCCAAUACACUGAAUUCUCCGGACACAAUUUGUUUUUAGAACGCCAAGUUUUCCCAUAGUAUAUGAUACAAACAUAUAUAAUCAGUUCCAGUGUCAAACCAUUUAAAAGGCAAUGUUUAAAGUAACCUCUGAACAUUAACCAUAUUAACAACUAACAUUUUUAGCAGUAAAAAAAAAAAACACAAUCUCAAAUGUAAUAAUAAGUAACAAAAGUAUACACACAAAUGUACUUACUUGUCACACAAGUGUAAAAAGAAGUUGACCACAAGUGUUAGGAGUAACUGUUAAAGUUAUUGUUUUCCGGUAACGAGUACCGUAUUUUUCGGAGUAUAAGUCGCACCGGCCCGAAAAUGCAUAAUAAAAAAGGAAAAAAACAUAUAUAAGUCGCACUGGAGCCCGGCCAAACUAUGAAAAAAACUGUGGCUUAUAGUCCGAAAAAUACGGUAAUCCCCUUUUUAUGCUUCAUGCCUUUAAAUGUGACGCGUUAUUAUUUUAAAAGGCACACAGUCUGACGCACUUUUUUAACUUAAUUCUGACUUUAAAAGACCUACAGAUGACUGAAAUUUCACCAACAAGUUCAUUUUAUUUAUUUUCUGCUCCUGAAAUUGAAUCUGGGGGUCAUUCUCCAUAAUAUCAAUUAGUUUUUGAGUAAUCGGUACUCUGAACACCCCCUUUUCAUGGCCAGUUUUUGUGUGACGUCAUCUACAGAACUGGAGCCCAUUUCCCAGCAUAGACCGUGUGGAUAAAAGCAUGGAAAACUAUGAUUUGGAUCACUUUAUUACAUGUUUUGACGCCCUGGUCCAUGAUUACUUCAAAACUGAUAUGGUUAACAUUAUGAGAAAAAGAAAUAAUAAAAAAAUAAUCGUCAUUUCCGGACUUCCGUGCUCUUCUAUAGACACCACAGCCUGUGUCUCCUCAUGCUCUUUCAGCAUUUCCUCAAGCAUCUUAAGGAAAUCAUCUGUAGAAGAGGACACAAACUAGAAUACUACCUUCUUUUUGCCUUGUCUGCUCUUUUUUCUCAGUUUUCCACAGGUUCUGACUCAGUCUUUCUCCCCUCGAGGUUGCUACUGAUUUUCAGAAAACAUUAAGUUUGAGUCUUUUACAUUGUUCCAUUCAAACUCCGACCAACCCUUCUUUUUUGAAGUCAGAAUUAUUAAAAUGAUCGCUGCAAAUUACACUCUGUCCCAUUUUGCGCGAGUCAAUUUGACAGGAGAGGUCCAUACUUUACUCAUAUUCCCAUCAUUUGGAAAUGUGUGCAGGCUGACCCCUUCUUUAGUUGUAUUGCUACAACCUGCAAAAAUGCACUUGGCAGACAUUGGUGAUCAUUCCUUCAAAUUAUGCGUGAAACUAACAUUAUUCAGGAUGAAGAUGCUACCAAAACACAAGCUUUGCAAUUUAAAAUUGCCUCCAGUCUUCUGUAGGUGACGUCAGCAGGGUGAUGCACACCCGCCCACAUCGUGGAGCUAAAAGUGGAAGUUCCAAAAAUAUGCUGAAACUCGUUAGAAAACAAGCCUAAAAUCACUACUGUCUGUUUUGAUGGGAAUUUUAUUUAACAUCAUUUUUAGAUCCAGAACUAUGAAAUAAAUGGCAAUGUUGCCAGCGUGAGAGGGGAAUUUUAACACGUGGACAGCUGUGCUCAGUUCCAACACGGCACGUCAACAAAUUAAGCGCUACACCUCUCCACACACCUUUCCACUUAUCUAGCAAUCAAUGGUGGAUUCAUGUACAUCGGAACUCCGAGCAUCAACACAAAACAGAACAAGUCCUGACCAUUAUGCUCACGCCUGAUAUUAAAGUAUCACUACCUUUACUUUCUCUGGUAACUAAAUACAUUCAUGAAAUAUUACUUUUUAGGAAAUAAACUAUAACUACCGUAUUUUCCGCACUAUAAGGCGCACCGGAUUAUUAGCCGCACCUUCUAUGAAUUACAUAUUUCAUAAUUUUGUCCACCAAUAAGCCGCCCCGGACUAUAAGCCGCGCCUACGCUGCGCUAAAGUGAAUGUCAAAAAAACGCUGCGCUAAAGUGAAUGUCAAAAAAACGCUGCGCUAAAGUGAAUGUCAAAAAAACAGUCAGAUAGUUCAGUCAAACUUUAAUAAUAUAUUGAAAACCAGCGUUCUAACAACUCUGUCCCAAAAUGUACGCAAAUGUGCAAUCACAAACAUAGUAAAAUUCAAAAUGGUGUAGAGCAAUAGUAACAUAAUGUUGCUCGAACGUUAAUGUCACAACACACAAAAUAAACAUAGCGCUCACCUUCUGAAGUUAUUCUUCAUUCGUAAAUCCUUCGAAUUCUUCGUCUUCGGUGUCCGAAUUGAAAAGUUGCGCAAGCGUGGUAUCCAAAAUGGCCGGUUCCGUCUCGUCGAAGUCAUCGGGAGUCAGUGUCGCUGUUGUUCUGUGAAUCCUGCCUUCCGGAAAGCUCGGACCACAGUUGUGACCGAAAUAUCUGCCCAGGCAUUUACGAUCCACUGGCAAAUGUUGGCGUAUGUCGUCCGGCGCUGUCUGCCCGUCUUAGUGAAGGUGUGUUCGCCUUCGGAGCUGUGUGAAAAAAGCCACCCGGCCUCUUCGCGUAAACUUCCCUUAACCACUCGCUCAUCUUUUCUUCAUCCAUCCAUCCCUUCGAGUUAGCUUUUAUGAUGACGCCGGCUGGAAAGGUCU